AUGACAGUCACAACAGCCAUUGUUAUCGCUGGUCUAUUUCAAAUUGUGCUGCGCACAUCCUUUUUCUUCGAGCAGGAAAAGGGUCUUUGCUCACCUGCGCCCUCGCUUGCGAGUUGGAUAUUUCUCAUUUCACUUUUGGAUCUAAUCUCCGAUCUAUGCCUCUAUCCUGUACGCUAUAUGCAUCUGCCAUACCUCUGUCAGGUAAUCGUUGAGACCAUUAUCACCAUUUUACUAACGGAAUUCGGCGCUAUUGUUGUAUGGUGUACACUGGAGAAGCUCAUUUGGCGUUUAAUAAAAUCUAUACUACUUGUUAUGGGCAUGUCCACGAUGACCUAUGCCAACUAUGAAACUCUCAUAUUGGGCGUGACAACAACAUCGAUCAGUCUGGUGAUAUUGGCUUUUGUCGGUCAGGCGACCGAUCACUUUCACAUGAUACGCAAGAAAUGUCAACGCAUCGAACGUAAAGUGGCGCUGAACAUCGAAAUGUUGUGGCAUUAUGUAAAUGGUUGCGGCACGCCGCCACGCCGCUGCAAGGGCAUGCACGAAUGCAUGUCGGAUGAUUUUGAGGAUAUUUGCUGUCCGAAGCGUAGACGCAGACGCAGAAGAUGCUGAACUGGAACAGUGUGCGGAUUAUGGCGAUCAAAUAUGUACAUAUAUGGCGUAAAAAACGCUCAUUUCGGAAGUAUAUUUACUCUCUCAAAUCUCUGUA